AUGGAUAGUCUGGAGUGGAAAGAUUUGAAAGAUCCCCAGGGAAGAACAUAUUACUACAACACAAUUACCAGAGCGACUUCCUGGACAAAACCCCAAUCUUCGUCUCUGGGUCCAGUUGUGCCCAAUGUUGUUUCCUAUGAUGAUUCAAUAAUCGACCAGGCAUUGGUGGAUUCAAACUGGAAGAAGUAUUUGUCUGCUCAAAACAACAACAAGCCAUACUAUUACAAUAAAGUCACCAAGGUCACUACCUGGGAAUUUCCAGAGGAGGGAAACAAUGGAAAUGUGUUUGUUAAAAAGGAAAACGAUCAGAUUACAACUGAAAACAACAACCAUAUUCUGGAAACUAGUGGCAUAGAGAAAAAGGAAAAUAAAGUAACAAAAGAGCGAGAUUUUCAAGCAGAAUUGUUAAAUUUGUUUAAAGAUAAAAAUGAGUUACUUAAUAUUUCAAGCUCCAUUGUCUAUAAUGAUGAUGGCAAAACUAAAUACACGUUAAUGUUAAGGGAAAAUAAAGUGGACGCAACAUGGUCAUUCAAACAAAUUAUGGAAAAAUUUAUUAAUGACAAAAGAUACUGGAUAAUCGAUAACUCAUUAGAUAGACAAAGACUAUUUCAUGAAUAUUUAAUUAACAGAACAGAAGAAGAAUUAAUGGCGGAAAAUAAUUCCAAGGAGAAGUUUAAUAAAGCUUUUUUAAAUAUGUUAAACAAUUAUAAAGAAGAGGGCAAGAUUUUUUAUUAUUCAAGAUGGAAAACAAUCAAAAGGUUGAUUCAAGAUGAACCAAUUUAUUUGCACUCUAUUAUUUCUGAAAAAGAAAAAAAAACAUGUUUUGAUAAUUUUAUAAGCGAGCUAAGAAACGAACAAUCUAAAGCUAAAAAUGAAUUAAAAAAACAGGCGAUUUCUGAACUAAAAGAUUAUUUCAAAGUCAAUUUAGUUAAAAGAGACAUUAUCAAUAUUAAAAAUAAUUGGAAAUUUGUUUUAAAUUAUAUUGAAAGCGAUGCAAGAUUUAAAGAAAAUAAAAAUUUUAAAAUCUUGACUCAAUUGGAUUUGUUAAAUACUUAUGAAGAAAUAUUUAAAGAAAUCCAAAUGGAAUUUGAAAAUAAAAUUAAAAAAAUUGACAAAAUUAACUAUAGAAAAGAUAGAAUUGCUAGAGAUAAUUUUAAAAAUCAAAUAUUAAAAAAAUACAGUUCUGGAGACAAUAUGAUUGAUGUCAAUACUAAAUUUAAAGAUUUUCAUUUAUUGAUUAAAGAUGAACCAGCAUUUAUUGAAUUAUGUGGCCGCAAUGGAUCUACGCCAUUGGAAUUAUUUUUGGAUGUAGUUGAAGAAAAAACUGUAAAUUUAAGGGCCCAAAAAGAUAUUGUUUUUAAUUUGUUGUUGGAGAAAAACUUCAAAUUGAUAAAUAAAAACACGCUAAGAUUUAAUAUGGUUAAUAUCAAAGAAUAUUUUCUAAAAUUGAUAUCGGAAAAUGAAAAAACUAAAAAUAUAAAAGAAAAAGAUAUUGGAUUGAUUUAUGAGAUUUUGAUAAAUGAAGAAAUCAGUGAUGUAUUCAAAAUUAAGAAAAAUGUGAUUAAUAGG